GUGCGAAAAAAGAAGAGUAAACAGUCACGAUUCAACUUUGAAUGGGAUGAAUACGAAGAUACCACAGGAGAUUCACUUAUGAUGGCUCUAGAGCCAGUUUCUACCACAAGAGACAAUAUCGAUUUCGUAGAGACUACACAUUGGUCAGAGAAGAGUCUUGAUCAGAUGACGGCACGAGACUGGCGUAUUUUCAGGGAAGAUUAUGGGAUAACAUCGAAAGGUGGAGAUAUAGACAACCCAUUGCGAACUUGGAAUGAGGCAUCGAUCCCUUCAAAAUUGUUAUCCAUUAUAGUAGACAAACUCGAGUAUUUGGAGCCAACUCCGAUUCAACGAGCUGCGAUUCCACUUGCUCUAAACCAGCGUGAUGUUGUCGGAAUUGCAGAGACCGGUUCUGGUAAAACUUUGGCCUUUCUUAUACCUUUGCUCAGCUAUAUUCUAAACACAGACAAGAACUAUUUGGAAUACGAGCAUCAGCAGGAGCAAAACUACAACAAGCCGUUGGGUCUCAUUUUGGCUCCCACAAGAGAAUUGGCCCAGCAGAUAACCAAGGAAGCUCAGAAAUUUGGCGAUAGACUUGGUUUGAACGUAGUCAGCAUUAUUGGUGGACACCAGUAUGAGGAAACUGUUCAUUCAAUCCGAACAGGGGUACACGUUGUAGUCGCUACACCGGGGAGAUUGGUAGACUCUUUGGAAAGAAAUAUUAUUGGUUUGGAUAAAUGCUACUACCUCAUUAUGGACGAGGCAGAUAGAAUGAUUGACAUGGGGUUUGAAAAGGCUUUGCAAUCCAUCUUAUCUUAUGUUCCCAGCACAGAUCGUUUGAACAGUACUAUCGAUCUGAUGAUCUUCCACAUCAAAAAGAGGAUCACUUUGAUGUUUACAGCAACUAUAUCACCCCCAAUUGAGAAGAUAACGAAGAACUUCCUUAUAAAGCCUGGCUACUUGUACAUUGGUGGAGCUGGCGAGGCACUUGAUCACAUUGUGCAAAAUUUCGAAUACUUGGGAUCUGCUACUGGGGGCUCUGAAGAUUUCGACAGCAAGAGAUUUGACAAGUUGGUGAGGAUAAUUCAGCAGCACUCUCGAGAAUCGCGUCAAUUCUCGAUUAUCAUCUUUGCCAACUACAAGCGAGUCUGUGAUUUGCUAUCACUUGAGCUUGAAAAGAAUGGCUUUAGGGAUAAUGUUGUUAUUCAUGGAUCCAAAACACAAGAAUUGCGAGAAAAAGCUAUUUCAAGCUUCAGAAGCCACGAGUCUAGAAUCCUUAUUGCCACCGAUGUUGCAGCCAGAGGUAUUGAUGUGCCCAAUGUGUCGCUUGUUGUCAAUUUCCAGAUGUCAAGAAAAUUUGACGAGUAUGUUCAUCGUAUCGGUAGAACUGGUAGAGCAGGAAACAGAGGUGAGAGUUAUACUUUUAUAGACGACUCUGAUUCUGACGUUUUUAUAGAUUUGAAGAAGUUCUUGGUAAACGGCGGAAAAAAGUGUCCAGAUUGGUUGAUCAAACAUGCAUCUACCCAGAGCCAGGUUCUACGUGAUUAGAUAUCACAAUAUGUAUUACAAAUGUAUACUGUACUGUCACAACAUUUCUACGAAUUGUUUGAUCACUAAAUUAUACAAUUCUCAAUUACACAAAAGAGUACUUCAGUCACUCUUCGUCUUC